AUGGCAUCGAAUUCCAGCUCAGACGUGGGGACCAUCAACACUCCCGGCCCCGGCACUCACUAUCUCCGCCCGGAACUGAAAGACUUGAAAAUCAUCGGAGUAGAGGAACAUGUUGUUUUCCCUCAUUUGACAGCACGAAUCCCCGACACGGGCCUGGCAGAGCAUGCAAAACACAUCUUCAGCCAACUUGUCGGCCACGAGGCCAUGCAGUAUGCGCGUGGCCGUUCCACCGAAACCGGAGCCCAACGACUUCACGACAUGAACGAAGGCGGUAUAGCAAUGCAGAUACUCAGUCUGGCUGGGCCCGUCAAUUGCAUGCAGAUGGAGCCUGAAUCCGGACUUGCUCUGGCGCAGGACAUCAACAACGAGUUGAAAAAGGCCGUCGAUGCGGACCCCGACCGAUUCAAAGCUCUUGCAGAUCUACCUUUUCAUGCGCCAAAGCUAGCAAUCGAUGAGCUUCGCCGCUGCGUGCAAGAUCUGGGCUUUGUCGGAGCCAUGAUGGCCGGUUCGGUCGGUUGUACUGGCAAGUUCCUCGAUGACCUGGAGUUCGACGACCUUUUAUCGGAAUUCGAAGCCCUCGACGUGCCUCUUUAUCUUCACCCCGGAAUCGCCCCGCCGGCAGUCAUUGAUACGUACUACACGUUUCCAGGAAAGCCCAAAUUGUCAGCGACGUUGGCGGGGAUGGGAUGGGGCUGGCAUAAUGAAGUUGCUAUCCAUGUCCUCCGGCUCGCUGUAUCUGGAACUUUGGACCGACAUCCAAAACUGAAGGUUGUGGUCGGGCAUCAGGGUGAGAUGUUGCCGAUGAUGAUGCAGCGUUUUGAUGCGAUGUUCGAUGAGAAGAUUUUCUCAUUAAAGAGGAGCGUUGGGGAGGCUUUGCGUAGUCAAGUGUGGCUAGCGAUUUCUGGUCUAUUUUCGUUGCCGCCUACCCAGAUCGCGAUUCAAACCUGGGGAGUUGAUCGAAUUCUCUUUGCCAAUGAUUAUCCUUACAUUGAGUCACAGAGAGUUCCGGAAUUCAUUCGGGCGUUGGGGGAUAUGGUUGGUCCCUCGGACAUUCGCAAGAUCUGCCAGACAAAUGCUGAAGGGCUAUUCAAGUUUCGGGCAUAA